AUGGAGUUUCCCGGCCCCGCUUCCUCCGACUCGGCUCCGGCUCCGGCUCCCGGCUCCAGCACCCGGCGCGUGUAUCGGCCCAUGCGGAGCGCCUGGGGGUCCGGCUCCUUGUCCGGCGCCUACGGCCCCUGCGGCUGCCCCAAGUGUAGGGUCCGCGAAGCCAUUGCCGCCGAAGCCGAGGAUGCCGCUGCCCUUUCGUCUCCCUCGGCCCCGGCUCCGGCCCACGCCAAUUCCUCCUCCGCUGGUGGCUCUGCCGCCGCCGAUCGCGCCUUGGUGGCUCCUGCUGCCCUCUCUCCCGUUGCUGGCCCGUCUGCUGCCGCGAUUGCUGCCGCCGCCUCUGCUCUCUCCUCUGGUUCUUCUGCCUCAUUCGACGCCGCCGCCGACGCCAUCUUUGCCGAUCCUCGAUUCGCGCCUGCUGCUCCUCCCCCGUGGGUUGCCGUCGCCGCUGCCUUCACCGCCGCCGACACCUUUCUUCCUGUCGCCCCGCCUAUCCGCCUUCCUGUCGCCCUUCCUGCCGUCGUCGCCGCUCCCGGUCCCGGUCCCGCUCCUGCUCGCGCUCCGGCUCCUGCUCGCGCUCCGGCUCCUGCUCGCGCUCCGGCUCCUGCUCGCGCUCCCGCUCCUGCUCGCGCUCCCGCUCCCGUCCCCGCCCAGCAGCAGCAGCAACAGCACCAGCAGCAGCAACCCCCCGGCCCCCAGGCCCAGUGCCCGAGCUGCGGUGUCUGGCGCGCCCGGACGAAGCUGGACCGCCACCGGAUCCAGCACCUCCGCCAGUGCCGCGGCUUCGAUCGCUGCCACCGAACCUUCGCCACUUGGAAGGAGCUGGGCGAGCACCUGCUCACCCACACCACGCGCGCUGUGCCGCCCUACGCGUGCACCUACGGCAGCUGCGACCGCAGCUACAGCCGCGAGGACACCCUGUCCGACCACAUGGGGCAGCACUUGCUGUAG